UAUUGGUUCAAACUUGACGUUAGAACUUCUUACAAAACUUAGAAACACAUAAAUAUCACAUAAAGAGUACACAAAAUGGUCUGAUCCUUAGUACCUAAGCUUCUGACUUCCUAAGCAACUCUUGAGAGCAUCCAUGACAUCUCCAAAUCAGCUUUCACUUCAACAGGAGGGUUAGAGAAUUAAUCUUGCAAGCCAUGUCACGAAUCGCUUUCGAGUGGCAAUCUACCUUCGACUGAGCAGUACUCACAACCACAGUCCUGUCAGUCGGUGCAAUCUCACCUUAAACAAAGCAGUUAGCGCCACACCUGUCUGUGGACAAAGAAACAUCCCAGUAGAAUCCGCUUGAGCCAUAGCAUCCAUCAGCUCUUCCUCCGUCGCCUCCUCCACAAUCCCAUACACAGCUCUAUCAAUCGACACAGGGUCACCAAUCUGAAUCGCAAACGCAAAAGUGGUACUUGAAGUCAUGGGCUUGGAGUGGCUUGGAGUCCUUCCAAACAGACUUGUAAGGCAAGUAAAGAGGAUUAGCAUUGGCUGCUUCUGCACAAACAACCCUAGGUAUCGUUUCAGUCAAUUGUGAAAUAUAUAUUUUCUCAAAAAGAAAAAAACUUUGAAAUAUAUACAUAUAUUUUUUUUUUGGUCUAAGCUUUGAAUAUAUAUGGCAGGUUGAACGAUCAUUUCAGUCAAACACAGCCUGAAAAAAUGAUACUGCUCAUGAUGACACUACUACAUCUGCUCAUCACGGUCGGAGCUUCAGCCUCUACCCCAGCCUUGAGCAUUAAGAGUCCGGAUGGCGACGUGAUUGACUGCAUAGAUAUCUACGAUCAACCGGCGUUUAGUAAUCCACUUUUGAAAAGCCAUGAACUUCAGGAGUUUCCUACGGAGAUGCCUAAUUUGGAAAUAGCAGCUGAGACACCAAACUGGCAGGUGUGGCACACGACCGGGGAAAAAUGUCCCCCGCGAACAAUCCCCAUUCGUCGAACUACGGACAUUUCUCACUCAAAAUAUCCCAAACCCUUCUACAAAUCCUUAGCCGACGCCACUAGAGGGCAUAGGUACGCGAUCGGAUUUAUUCGAAACCGAGGGCCGAUAUAUGGAACAAGAGCAUCUCUCAACGUUUGGGAGCCGCUAGUAGAAGCAGCAGAUGACUUCAGCUUAUCUCAGGUCUGGCUGGCAUCGGGAUCAUUCGCCAAUGGAGAUGUCAACACCGUCGAAGCGGGUUGGCAAAUCAGUCCAGAGAGGUAUCACGACCACCAACCGAGAUUCUUUACAUUUUGGACGAGAGAUGCGUAUAACAACACAGGAUGCUACAGCACCCACUGCGGGGGAUUUGUGCAGACCAGCAGCACAAUCGCCCUUGAAGCUGCUAUCACACGUACCUCUGCAUUUGGAGGCCCUCAGUUCGACAUCACGAUUCAGAUCUGGAAGGAUCAAUCUUCUGGGAACUGGUGGCUGGGACUGGGCCGCAACAUGGAGCUAGUUGGGUACUGGCCAGCUGCAAUCUUUACAGGCCUAGCUGAUCACGCAGAUAAGGUAGAAUGGGGAGGCGAGGUUCUGUCACAGAAUAGUACUGGCACAAACACCAUUCUUCAAAUGGGAUCGGGAGAAUUCGCUGAAAAAGGCUUCGGGAAAGUUGCUUACGUAUGUAAUAUCCUAGUUGCCGAGAACAACCAGACUUUGGUUCCAGUCCAAGAUUUUGGGGUACAAGCUCAAUUCCCAAAAUAUUAUUCAGUUAAAAGGUCGCAAACUAAAGGUUGUGGGAAGCACUUUUAUUUCGGCGGACCAGGGCAAACGCGUUCGGGGGCAGUUCGUGGAACAUUGGCGAGUGCGUUGCUAUUAUUGUAUUUGGCUUUUUUCUUGUGUGUUUAGUGUUUUUUUUUUUUUUUUUUGAACAUUCAGUGU